AUGAACUUACAAAAUAGUACAAGCAGGGAAGAAGCGUUAGAGAAGCGAGGGCCUUGUCUAGCGCAUGGAGGUUGCUUCAAACCCAAUCAUUGCAAGUCGCAGCAGAAAGUUGCGAUUCUCAUACCUUACAAAGAUCGCGAAGCACAUCUCUUCACUCUUCUGUCGUACUUGCAUCCACAGCUGCAGCGACAAGGAAUUCACUACUGUGUCUUUGUCGUAGAGCAAUUUGAUGAUGGCAGAUUCAAUAAAGGUUUAGUCAUGAAUUCCGGCUUUUUGGAGAUCUUGAACAGCUUCGGUCAUUUCGACUGUUUUAUUUUUCACGACGUGGACAUGGUUCCAGAGGAUGACCGGAACAUUUACCUCUGCCAAAAUUUACCAACGCAUCUAUCACCUUUCAUCGACAAAUUCGAUUACCGCUCGCACUAUGGCACCGAUUGGGGUGGUGUAACAAUGAUUCGACCUGAACAGUACUCGAAAGCAAACGGCUACUCAAACAUGUUCUGGGGCUGGGGUCGUGAGGACUCCGACAUGGAGUUCCGUCUCAAUGCAAAGGGCAUCAAAGCUAUAAGGCCCAUAAACGAAGAGUACGCCAGGUUUUCGAUGAUUCCCCAUGAGCAUCCUUGGAGAUUCCAAAACGAAAAGUACUAUCUUGGAUCUUCCGCCAAAAUAACCACCAAAGAAAAGCUCAUGCUGACAAAAAGAGAGCGUUCCUCUUGGGAUGGAGUAAACAAUGCUAAGUACAGGCUGGAUCACGUUGUCUACGACAAGCUUUUUACGAAGCUAUAUGUGGAUAUUCGGCGUUUUGAAGUCGACGAACUUCAAGUUGUUAUCGACCAGAAAAAACUGAAGAUCACGCAAUCAAGGGGCGACUGCUCCUACAAGACCUUCGACGACACUUAUCUUGAUCCUAAUUUUAAAAUGAAAGUUGGUGAGGCACGUUCUGGAUACUUUGACGAAGCGAGUGCGGAAGCUCUUUGUAAUGACGCUGGUCAGUCCUGCGCUGGCAUUGUGCGUGAUCGAGGUGUCCUUGCUGCAGAUGGAAGAGACUGGAUACUCCGUGAAAAAGCAAUUCUCCUGACUCCGGACGAAUAUAGAUUCGCCGGAAAAGGCGCUCGGUCGUUAACGGUGCCCGAUAAUUUGCAAACAAAAAUGAAGAUAUGUCAAGGGCAAAUGUCGAACGUGUAUCCGCUAGAAAGCUCUGUGACAAAUGCAGCUUAUAAAUCUCGUCUACGACUCAAGUUUCUGCUUCCGCUGACGACGUCGCUUAUCUACCGAGAUAUUGUUUUAUUCGAAGGGCAUCCGACCGGGCUAACGCACGAAUAUCCGAUUGAAAUACGUCCGGAAGAAACUGAAGAAGCCAUCUCCUUCUCUUUUCAAACAGGGGAAUUCUCUCUCCCAACUUACUCUGGUUGGUACACUGUUCAAGCGAAGAUUUCAGAUAGAUUCGAUCAAACCUGGUUUGAGUGGAGUUUCCAGUUUCACGUCGACACUGGGACGGCUGAUUCUGUCACAAAACGCCUGCAAUACAUCGAAGAGCUUAAAAAACUUCUUUUAAAAUUUCAAGAGCAAAAAGAAGAACGAAAAUGGAGUAUCGAGGAGAAGCGAGAAUUAAUUCAGGCUUUUUCACACGGAAAAGAUUUACUUUAA